CUGCUGAAGCGAGAAAAUUCGAUCUCCGUCGCCACGAUUGCGCCGUUCCACACCACGCUGGCGCCCUACGCGGCUCUGUUUCGGAGGUACGGUGGGCUUGUUGAUUAUGUGAACUACCAGUUCUAUACGGAUAAGGUUAGGAACCCGGUGGCUUACCUGGCCGCGUUCCGGCUGCGGGCGGGGCAAUUUGGGAAGGAGAAGCUGCUGCCGAGCUACAAGGUGAAUGGGAGAGGGAUUCAAGGGGACGGGUUUUUCGACGCGCUGGCGAUGCUGGAGAGGAAUGGGUUUGAUGUUAAUGGAGUUAUGAUUUUCUCCGCGGAUGCUUCUGCGGCGGCGGGUGUUAAUUUCGAGUACGAGAAGAACCAGAAGCUGCCGCGGAGAGUCUCCGCCGGCUAA